UGCGCAUGUGUGAACAUUUACCCAGCAGGUAAACUCCACCAUGGCGGCGAGAGGCCAUGUGCAGGACCCCAACGACAGGAGACUCAGACCUAUAUACGAUUACCUUGACAAUGGCAACAAUAAAAUGGCGAUACAGCAGGCAGAUAAACUGCUGAAGAAACAUAAGGACCUGCACUGUGCCAAGGUCCUGAAGGCCAUCGGCCUCCAGAGGACCGGGAAGCAGGAUGAAGCUUUCACUCUGGCCCAGGAAGUGGCCACUCUGGAGCCCACUGACGACAACUCGCUACAAGCUCUGACCAUACUGUACAGAGAGAUGCAUCGUCCGGAGUUGGUGACCAAGCUGUAUGAAGCUGCAGUGAAGAAGGUCCCGCUCAGCGAGGAGUAUCACUCUCACCUCUUCAUGGCGUACGCCCGUGUCGGCGAGUACAAGAAGAUGCAGCAGGCAGGGAUGGCCUUGUAUAAAAUUGUCCCCAAGAAUCCGUAUUACUUCUGGUCUGUCAUGAGUCUGGUGAUGCAGGCCAUCUCAGCACAAGAUGAAAAACUGGCCCAGACCAUGUUCCUGCCUCUGGCUGAACGCAUGGUGGAGAAAAUGGUGAAGGAGGAGAAGAUCGAAGCAGAAGCAGAGGUGCAGCUGUAUUUCAUGAUCCUGGAGCGCUUGGGAAAGUGUGUAGAGGCUCUGGAGGUGAUCAGGGGCCCGCUGGGGGAGAAGCUGACCAGCGAGCUGCAGAGCAGAGAAAACAAGUGCAUGAUGCUGUACCAGCGACUACAGCGCUGGCCGGAGUGCAACGCCUUGGCCCACAAGCUGCUGCUCAAGAAUCCUGAUGAUUGGCAGUUCUAUCCCUCCUACUUUGAAUCUCUCUUCCACCUGAUGGAUCAGUCGUGGAGUCCGCCACAAGAAGGCGAGCACUGUUCGGAGGGUGCGGUGCACCACACUGUGGCGGAGGUGGUGAGGUUUGUGGAAGAGAGAAUCAAGGGGGAGGACGGCAAAGACUCCCGUUCACUCAGAGGCCCGUAUUUAGCUCGUCUUGAAUUGAUUCACAGACUGAGAGAACGAGGCUGUCCAGAAGAAAGCCUGCUGGGUGAGCCUUUAGAGCUGAUGGUGCAGUUCUUUGGGAAGUUUGGAGACAAACCGUGCUGCAUCACCGACCUAAAAAUAUACCUGCAUCUGCUCGCUCCUGAGCAGCACGUUCAGUUCAUUAACCGUCUGAGUGAAGCGGUGCCACUGGGGGAGCAGGGAGAGGAGGGAUUUGCUUUUCCAGAGGACACCAAAGCGCUGCAGAGGCAUUUGUGUGUGUGUCAGCUGAGUCGAGCGCUCGGGCUGCAUCACGGUCUGGACGUGGACGGGAAACUGCGGCUUAUCACGGAGCUCAAGGCUCACUAUCGUCACGGGCUCAAGUUCGGGAAGAACUCUCUGAAGACGGAGCUGCAGUUCUCUGAUAUGUAUUGUCUCAUGGCAGCUCAUGUUUUCAUCGACCUGUGGACAGAGACUGGGGACGAGAACAUGGUGUGGCAGGGUUUGGGUCUCCUGCAGGAGGGUCUGUCUCACAGCUCCUCCAACGCCCAGUUCAAGCUGCUGCUCCUGCUCCUCUACUGUCACCUGGGAGCCUUCGAGCCGGUCGUGGACCUGUACUCCAGCUUGGACGCCAAGCACGUCCAGCACGACACCAUAGGGUUUCUGUUAACGCGUUAUGCUGAGUCAUUGGGUCAGUUCGCUGCAGCCUCCCAGUCCUGUAAUUUCUCCCUCAGGUUUUUCCACUCCAACCAGAAAGAUACCUCAGAGUAUAUCAUCCAGGCGUACAAGUAUGGUGCGUUUGAGAAAAUCCCAGAGUUCAUCGCUCUCAGGAACAGGUUGAACCAAUCGCUGCACUUUGCUCAAGUCCGCACUGAGAGGAUGCUGCUGGACCUGUUCCUUGAGGCUGAUAUUGUGUUGAGUCUGGAGGAAAGUGUGAAGGCCAUGUCUUUGUCUGCAGAGGAGGACGACAUCCCCUGGGAUAACAUGAGGGACAACAGAGACCUAACGGUUUUUACCAGCUGGGACCCUAAAGAGAGACAGAUAACCGACGAGCACCGGCGUCGGUCUCUAGAGGAGGAGUCCGUCUGGCUGAGGAUACGCUCUCUAACGCUUCGCCUCCUCGCCUACUUGGCCGGCAUGGGGCACGCGCCCUCGCAGCAGAACUCCGAGACGACCAACGAGAACGGCGUCGGGGACAAGAGCUCGAUCCUCAGCAGCCUGCUCGCCCAGCUCCAUCAGACUCUGCAGACGGCCGCUCAGAUGGCAGAGAAAAGCAUACAGUAUCCAUUCCUGGGACCCCCCUCCACCCGCCUGGCCCCAGCUCUGUCCAGUGGGAGCUGCCAGUGUCAGGCUGCGGCCCUCCAGCUGUCUGUCCACCUACAGGAGCUGGAGACUGUGGGACUGGACGAGUCAUCGGAGCUUCAAACCCAGAUCUGUAACGGUUUCAAAUCAUUAGUAGUACAGCUUCAAGAAAUACUGAAUAAAUGCAAAGGAGAUGUAUUGGAAAUGAAAGAGAGCAAAUUAAAAACCCGACCCUCCUUAUUAGAAAACCUAAUCUUCUUUGUUGAGACGGUGUGCAUAGUGUUGUGGAUGGCUAGUUACUGUGCCAAGAUCCUCCGACCUCUCAAGACCAGUCUACAGAAGAAGAAGAAGAAGAAAAAGGAUGCAAACACAGCUCUGCCGGUGGUGGUGUGUGGGUUCCAGGAGCUGUCGGGGAGCUUGCAGGACCUGCUCACCCAGGCUUUGGAGCAUAUAAAGGGGCAGGAGACUGGCAUGACGGCCCUUAAACUAGCCAGUUUAAGCUUGGAAGGAUACACACAGGAGGAGGCGUCGUUUGCGAAGGCUGCUAUGGACAAGGUGCAGAGCAGUUACCUGCGCUCGCUACAGGAGGCGGGAGAUCUGCUCAAGAAGAGAGCGGAAACUAUAAAGAACCUCAAGAUCUGAACGGCACCACGCACCCCAAAUUAAGAUGACUAUACUCCCACCAUCAGCCCCCUCCCCUCCCCAGCCCCCCCCACACCACCACCUCUCAGCCCACUAGCUAACCUACGAGUCCCCCCCCCCCCCCCCCCCCCCGACAAACCCAGUCACCUCUGACCCCCCCACCCCCCCGCGUGUUUCUCACUCCGCGUUUGUGAGCUCUCAGUCUGGACCUUUUUUCUUUUUCUUUCACUUCAACACACACCUCUGGAACAUUUGCAACUCUUAUAGCACAUAAGCUUGUAAGUAAACUCAUGAAUUUAUACAGCAGUUACAAAAAAAUACAAAAAAAUAAUAAAAAAAACACACAUGCUCCUUUAAAAUCAAUAGAGCAAAUUAGGAAAAAAAAAAGAAUAAGCAGUUUUAGAUGAACUAAUCUAAUAAAUUAUUGUACAUAGUAAAGAGCAACUACCACAAUUCAUUGACUAAAUGAGAAUAUAAGACACAAUAAACCACUAUACUGUUUGUUGGUCAGUUACGUUUCAUCUUUAUUCCUCACUUUUGUUUUUGGGUUUUUGUUUUUUUUCCUCCGGUGACUGACAACAAUCGAAGUAAAACACAGAGACUCACACACACACGCACACACACACACACACACACACACACUCACACACACACACACACACUUCACUCUGAGGAGGAAAGUUCUUUCAAUGUGCUGCUUUUCCAGCUGUUUCUCUCUUUAAAGAGCAAACAGGCACAAUUUUCAUUAAACUGAUGAUGCGCUCUGUGGAGACAUGGACACCUGGCUACCAGCAGAAAGCCUUCGGAUUGAAGUUUCUCAUUCAACAAUUAUUUUUGUCUCGUGUGUGUGUGUUUUUUUUUUUUUUUUUCCUGUGUGUAUCUUGUGUGUCGCUUUUGGUAUUGAAAGUGAAGCCACCUCUGUAGUCGCAGUAUUAUAAUGAGCAAUGUUGGUAUGAGUUCAAUAACCAGGACAUUUUUUUUUUAAAAUUUGAAUUGUCUGCCACCGUUUCCUUUCCCGUUCCCUUUUCCUCUUUCCUUUCCUUUCCUUUCCUUUCCUUUCCUCUCCCACCAGUAGAAGUGUUGCUUGUGAACACGUCUGUGUGAAUGAGGUUGUUCCAGCACAAAGAAGAAAAAAUGAAUAAAUCAGGCAUGGAUCAAAGAAGCAGAAUCCUUUACGACUGGACUGACGAUAGAUAUUUAAGAGACCGUAUGUGAUUUAUUUAAACGUGACUGUUCACCAGAUUCCCCCUCGACACACGUGCAACGUCUUAGUAGCAGUGUGAUAAAUACAUCAGUGUGCAACCACUUUAUUUCAUUCGAGUAAAAAGGAAAAACCCCGAUUAGAAAUUUGUGUGUGUGUGUGUGUGUGUGUGUGUGUGUGUUUUGACAAAAUGACAAAUACAAAGGCGCCAAUGGACACAAUUGGCCGGAUGCUAAAGUGUAUAUUUUGGCACGUGAGUUCUGGUUCAGUCCGGAUGAUUGAGAGGAUUUUGGCGACUUUGACCCAGAUCUGAUUGUACAGCAGACAGUUAUUUUCAGCCAGCGAGCAGUUUUUGUAGGAUAUUAUGUUGGGGGGGGGGGGGGCGGGGGGGGGGGGGCGGCUCUUCCCUUCGGUCGUUAGCAGCUCAAACCCAGAGAGGUGCGUUUCACAGACAGACAUUGGACCUAAUUGUAAAUAAAAGUGGAGGCAGCCUUUUCAAAGAACAGCGUGUGCGAGGACAUUAGUGAGUUUUAAGAGCAGCUGCAGUAGAUACUAUCACAUUUGUCCUGUGUUCAUGUUUUUUGUCAUUCCCACCAACUCUUCCCCCUCUGGGGAAAAGAAAAAAAAAAAAAAAGACUCGUGAACCAAAACAACAUCAUCAGCUUCAGCGUCUUCUCAGUUUGUGGAAAAAACGAUCAUCUUCUACUGUUAUCAAUAACCAGUGAGAUAUAAUGACCCGGAGAGAAAAGGAGGAGAUGCUGACAGGUGACUGCCGCCGCUGCAGCUCGUGUGCAGUUGGGUUUUUCUUUUUGUUUUACGGUUUUAACAAUUUGGCAGAGCAAUGUGAAAAUGUGAGGACAUGGUGAAUCCUCCCCUUCCAGUCAGUCGUGUAUAUCACAUACACAUCUGCUAAUAAAUGCCUUUUUCUUCUUUCUUUCCUUUUUUCUUUUUUUGUUUUUGAAUUGUUGAACCCAUCUGUUUGAAUGGAGAAGAUGUCUGUGAUCUGACCACAUGUGUUGUUGAGGUUCAGAAUAAUGGUUGACAAUCUGGAGUGUCAUCUCACCACCCUCUUUUGUUAGAAAAUGGAAAACAGAAACACUGGAAUGUCAAAGAUUUUUUAAAUAAAAAAAGGUAAAUGUGA